UCUUUUAUUGCCCCUCACGGUCACGCAUUAUCCAACUGUCUUUCCUACCUUCUCUCUCUCUCUCAGCUUUCCCUUCGCUUCACAUUACUGGAAUUCAACGCCUUGUAGAAUUGAAUCAACAAAAAAUCCCGGAAAUUUAUCCCAACUUCCCUCACUACUUAUCGAUCUGAACUCUAAAUAUCCUCUAACUUCCCGAGAUUUCUCUUUUUUUUUUCCUUCAAAAUUCCAGGGUUUCCGUCAAAAGAUCUAGCGUCCUCAAAAUCCACACCCAAUUCCUCCAAUUUUACGCCUUUGCCAUUGGACAUGUUUAAUUUAAGCUUAUUAACUUCAGAAUUUGGCAGCAGAGAGUGUGAUUAGUAGUGGGUUAGUGAGUGGCUCAGUUUCUGUUUGGAAUUGUAAUGGCUGCUUUGCAGCGAGUAGCGCCGAGCUUGGGCACGAGCGCAAGCACUUAUGGAUCGUGUAAAGGUGCAGGUGCAGAUGUAAUAGUGUCUGAUCAGUUCCCGGCUGGUUUACGGGUUCUGGUAGUGGAUGAUGACAUCACUUGCUUAAGAUUGCUUGAGAAAAUGCUUCGCCGCUGCCUUUAUCACGUUACUACAUGCUCCCAGGCCACAGCUGCUUUGAAACUUUUGAGGGAAAGGAAAGGCUGUUUUGAUGUGGUACUAAGUGAUGUCCAUAUGCCUGAUAUGGAUGGAUUUAAACUCCUUGAGCUUGUUGGGUUGGAAAUGGACCUCCCAGUUAUUAUGAUGUCUGCUGAUGGGAGAACAAGUGCUGUAAUGAGAGGAAUCAGUCAUGGAGCUUGUGAUUACUUGAUUAAACCUAUACGUGAAGAAGAGCUCAAGAAUAUAUGGCAACAUGUUAUUAGGAAAAAGUGGAAUGAGAACAAAGAACAAGAACAUUCUGGAAGCUUUGAGGAUAAUGAUCGGCAUAAAAGAGGGAAUGAUGCUGAAAAUGCAUCUUCUGUUAGUGAAGGAGCAGAAGGAGUUUUGAAAGGCCAAAAGAAGAGGAGCAUUGCUAAAGAUGAAGAUGACGCUGAACUUGAAAAUGAUGAUCCCUCUGCAUCAAAGAAACCACGUGUUGUGUGGUCAGUGGAGCUCCAUCAGCAAUUUGUCAGUGCUGUAAACCAUCUUGGAAUCGACAAGGCUGUGCCUAAGCGAAUUCUUGAGUUGAUGAAUGUGCCUGGUUUAACUAGAGAAAAUGUUGCAAGUCAUUUGCAGAAGUUUAGACUAUAUUUGAAGAGAUUAAGUGGGGUUGCUCAACAAGGUGGGAUUUCUAAUCCGUUCUGUGGACUAUUGGACUCAAAUGUAAAGCUUAAUCCGCUUGGAAGAUUUGACAUCCAAGUUUUGGCCGCCUCUGGCCAGAUUCCUCCACAAACAUUAGCAGCACUGCAUGCCGAGCUUUUUGGUCAUCCUGCAGGCAGCAUGGUUACAACAGUGGACCAACCAGCUCUUUUACAAGCAUCCGUGCAGGGUCCAAAAUGUAUUCCUGCUGAACAUGGUAUGGCAUUUGGUCAGCCAUUAGUAAAAUGUCAAACCAACAUGUCUAAACAUUUUCCACAAAAUGUGGUCUCUGCUGAGGAAGUUGCUACAGGAUUUGUAGCCUGGCCCUCUAACAGCGUUGGAACAGUAGGACCCAUUAGCAAUCUUGGAGGGAUGAGCAGUAAAAAUAGUAACAUGUUAAUGGACGUGGUGCAGCAGCAGAAACAGCAGCAACAAUCACCACAGCUGCCAUCAUUACCAGAGCCUAGCCGUAUAAUUAAUGUACAGCCAUCUUGCCUUGUGGUCCCUUCCCAGUCAUCAGCCACUUUUCAAGCUGGAAACAGUCCUGCUUCAGUCAAUCAGAAUUGCAGCUAUAGCCGAAGUCCUAUGAUUGAUUACAGUCUUCUGUCACCUCAAUCAAAUAAUUCCUCAUUGAAUAUUGGCCAAAUAUCAAAUGGGGAUCUCAAAACCACAGGUGUAAGUGGGUACUCGGGCUCAGGUUCCAUAUCUCCUUUGUCAUCAUGCUCUGUAAAUCCUGACAAUACCUCUCAGCAAGGUCAAAGCUCAACCAUGACAAUUCGAGCUGCAAGACAAUUACCAGGACUUGGUCCUAAUAUCUCUAACUUCCAAGGUUCCUAUGGUGCUAAGUCAAGUGAAGUGCUUGAUCAAGGACCUCUUAGGAAUCUUGGGUUUGUUGGUAAAUGUACUAGCAUUCCAAGCCGGUUGGCUGUGGAUGAAUUUGAAUCAACAAUGAGCAACUUGGAACAUGAAAAAUUAUAUAUGGAGACAAACGGUAAUAAAGUGAAGCAGGAGCCAAACAGUAAUGCAGUGAAGCAGGAGCCAAAUGUUGAAUUUAUGGAUAACGCCAAAGUUCUCAUCCCAAUAUUACCACAAUUGCCCCCAAAUACAAGUGAUCUCAUGAGUGUUUUCAAAGAAUAG